ACUAGAAUGGCGACCGCUCUCUGCGGUCUACAGUCCACCGGCAGUAAAUCAGCAAAGACUCACCAAGACCAGCGCAGGAAAGCGAAGGACUCCCGGCGAAGACAGGCUGCUCUGCUGUUUCUCAGUAAUAUCUCACUCGACGGACGACCCCAGUGUCAACCUAGCGAAGGAAAUGCCGACCAGAAAGCCGCUGAGGAGCCCCGACCCAGGGACAGAGACUGCGGUGCCGCUGUUGUGCCCCAGCCGUCGGAUAGUCAAGGACCGGUCGCCCAGGUGACAGACCUCGCCGCAAGCGGUAGUGGCUCAUCCUCCAGUUUCCCAGGGGUGGUCGGUCCGGGUGGACCUUCUUUGGUAAUGUCCGGGCCAGGUGCUGUUGGAGCUAACGAGGUAUUUUUGGAUAGUACCAGUGCGGCCGAGACGCUAACCCCAGACACUCCUCUUUCUCCCGUCCCGACCGGACACCCGCACUGCUCCCGUGUCAAGUCAACGCCCGCCGCGCUCAGCCCCGUCGGUGCCGGUAAUUCUCUGGAUUCACGGCAGAGGCUGAGGAAUGUCUCUGGCUCACCGGGACCCAAAGUGCCAAAGAAAGUCCACUUCAUCAAGAGUAUGAGGCAGUACGAUACCCGAGGAUCCAGGAUCAUGCUGAUUUGUGCCAAGCGGUCGCUUUACGCUGCUUUCUCAGUGCUGCCCUAUGGAGAGAGUUCAAAUAUCAGUGACCCUAAGCUGGAGGCUCAGAGGCAAAGACUCUCCUCGGUGGUGGCUGCUGAUCUGCUUCCUUCUCUGGAAGGUGUGGAGAUGGGUGCCUGUGGAAAGACGGUGUCCUACGCUCAGUUUCUUUAUCCAACCAAUGCCUUGGUGAGACAAAAGAGCGGUGGCAGCAGCAGCGGUGGUCCACCAGAUAACUGCACAGCCCAGACCCCUCAGUCACGUUUCCGAGGCAACGGGCAGAAGGGCUUCACCCCUGCUCGUCUGAACAACAACGUGGCACAGGACCCAUAUGUGGAGGAGGUGGCGGAAUAUGACCCCAACCUGCUCAGUGACCCUCAGUGGCCCUGUGGGAGACACAAGCGGGUUCUCAUAUUUGCAUCAUACGUGACGACGGUCAUUGAAUACGUGAAACCAUCUGACCUGAAGAAGGACAUGAAUGAGACUUUCAAGGAGAAGUUUCCCCACAUUAAACUGACACUGAGCAAGAUAAGAAGCCUGAAGAGAGAGAUGAGGGCUGUGAGCGAGGAGUGCGGCCUCCAGCCGGUGACCAUAGCAAUGGCUUUUGUUUACUUUGAGAAGCUGGUGCUGCAGGGACGCCUCAACAAGCAGAACAGGAAGCUGGUGGCGGCGGCGUGCGUGCUGCUGGCUGCAAAGAUCAGCAGCGAUCUGAGAAAGCCAGAAGUUAAACAGCUGAUUGAUAAGCUGGAGGAGCGUUUCCGCAUAAACAGACGCGAACUGAUUCCUCUGGAGUUCCCGGUACUGGUUGCCUUGGAGAUGGGACUAUAUCUCCCCGAGAGCAAGGUCAUGCCGCACUACCGAAGGCUGGUACAGCAAGGUUAGACCGGACAUGGCGGAGUAGGACGUGCACACGUGCGGCGUGUCGACCAGUUUAUAAGCUGUGGUGUUUGAAAUAAAUAUGUGGUACUAUUUAUUGUCACUGUACAUUAACUAGGUUACACUCAGACUUGAUGGCAUGCGUUUCUCUCCCUGAAUGUCUUUUUGUAGGUGUGACGUUCUCAUGUUGAUCCAGUCAUGAGCUCUAUGUUAGAGAUGUUCACUGAGCACAUUAAUGGUGCUUUUAUUUUGGUUUCUUGUGGGUUUUUAGGGUGCCACCCUGUUGUAACGUCUAUUUAAAGGUACGCUGUAAUGUGUGUGUGUGUGUGUGUGUGUGUUUGUAAAAAAGAAAAAAACUCCUCAUGUGCACCUUUCUUGUUACUAUACAGCCUGUAUAGUAUUUAUUGUAAAAGACAUACUGCUGAUUUCUUUUCUUUUCUUUUUUAAAUGCCUUGUAAACCCACUGUGACGCUGAAGCAUUUUUAGCAAUGAGCCUGAAACAUGACACUGUAGAUCGUAAGUGGGGAAACAUCUUUUCGGGGGAAGUGGCCUUUAAUUUGUUUACGUCCAUUCGAUAUUUGUACUGUAUGUCUCACAAUUAUCCAGCCAAACUCUCGUAUUUACCGCGAAUAGUAAGAAAACAUCAGACUCCUGUGGCAGCUCUGUGUUCUGACUUUGGUGUUGGUCGUGCUUGUAUCCAGUAUUUCCACUGUGCUGUGGUGUCACAUGCAGAGAAACAGGAUGAUGGAAGUUUCUUAUUUAUAGUAAACAUUUUUUUUCCUCUUGUUGUUUUUGUUUCGUGUCAUUACCCAGGGAUAUGUUUUGUAAAAUGCACUGGUUAGUUAUCUUUUAAUUCUCAGGAAUUCUUACUUUUUCUUUUCUUUUAUGGUGCAGUCACACUAUGGAAAAAGGGUUGGAACAAACUAUGUAAAAUGACCUUGAGAACGUUACGUCAAAGACAUUUUUCAGGCUUGCAGCUACUCAGUUUCCAUCUUCAAAGAAACUUUGAGUUGCAAGCAGUUUGUUAGCAAAUCAAUGAUGUCAAUUACAUGCAAUCAGUUUGUGAUAAUGUGGGAAUUAACUGUGAUUAAAUUGGCAAAAAUCACAAAUCUGAUGCCAUCUGUUGGAUCUACACAAAAAUUCACAUGAACUAUUUUUAUUCAGAGUCCAGCCAGGAUCGCGUAGAUUUAAAGGAUGUGAUGUAGUUGCAUGUCCUGUUCCACUCACUGGUGCAAAAUGACUCUGCCAACAUGUUGCAAUCAGUCUGUGUGUUUACCAGUGAGACAGGAAUUAUUUGCAAACCUCGAGCGAGUCUAAAUUUAGAGACUUGCUUCUUUAGACAAGGUGACCUGCAGUUGAAAGUGGUGGCCCAGAUGUUGAGGGUGUAGCGCCGAACCUCUCUCCAAAAGUUGAACAUCGGAGGUUGUCAGCCUAUUUUACUCUAGUGCGACUGAGCCGUUAAUCUUUUGUAAAGUCAAACCCAAAGACGCCGUAGCGAUCAUCACUGGAAGAUUGUGGUGUUUUCAUUGUGACUCCAUGAAUAGAUGAACCGGACGGUAGAAACGCAUCAAAUUUGGACAAGUACAGACAAAAAGUGCCUGAAAUCACAGCGGCAGUGAAAUUGUUAAUGAUCGAAGUGACAUUUCUUUGUCUUUCUGUGGUUGAUCUUUAAAUGUUGGUCUUGUCUGGGAAAGAUAAUCGGUCUUCUUACUUAAUGGUGAUUCAGUUUAUUGUGUUUGCCUGAUGUGUUUACAUUUUUUUUUUAAAAAGUGUUCAAAAUAACCGAUGUGCAGAAAAUGUACGGUUGUUGUCGAAUUGUUGGAUGAUCAUUGUGUGUUUACACUGUUCUGUAAAAUGAAUGUUUUUAAAAUAUAUUUUAAGACACUGAAA